AUGCAUAAAAAUAUGGCUAUGUUAAAUGAGUUCACAUUUAGUGAUAAAAAUAAAGAAAGUGGAAAUAAUACAAUAAAUGAAACCUUUCAAAUAAGCCAACAAACUAAUUUUUCAAAUAAAUUAGAAAAUGAAAAAACAAACAUUAUUCCAAACUCUUUUAAUAUAACAAAUAAUAAAACUACCGAAUUUAGUGAAAAAACAAAUUUAAUAGCAGGAGAAAAACAACCUUUUAAAAACAACUUAAAUGAUGGGAUAAAUAAUAAUAUAAAUUCGUCCCAAGACAAUUUAAACACUCUCACAAAAUCGAAUAAUGAUAUUUCUAAGAAUGUAGAUAAUAAUGAAUCACAAGAAAAGACGGAAAAUUGUUAUUUAAAAAAAAAUGAUAAUAAUGGAAACAUCACAUUAGAAACCAAAUUUAAUUUUAAUAGUUCCCUAAAGAUAAGGCAAUCACUAACAGAGCAGUUGUGUGAGGAAAUAUCUAUGAAGCUUGGAAAAAUUCACCUUUGCAAGUCAUAUCUAGAAACAUACAUAUUUGAAAAAAAUCCAUACAAUAUGAAUUUUAUGUAUUUAAAAGAUGAUGUAAGUGAAUCAAAAAAUCGAGUUUUAAACUCAGUGCUUUUAAGCUCAUUUUGUAACAUGAUAUGGAGUAAUAAUAUUUAUAAACAUGAAUAUUUAAUGUCUAAAGAGUUGCUAAAUAAAUACUUUAAAGCUAUUCAAAAAAAUCCAGAUAAAAAUAAUUAUUGUAUUGUACCUAUAUAUGAUUUAAAUAAAAUAAAAAUGAUUUUAAAUGAUCACGAAAAAAAUAUUAAAAUGCUUAAAAAAAGAAAGUUAAUUAUUAGAAAAAAUAAUGAAAAUCUUUUAUUUAUUUUAAAUAUAAUAAAAAAUAAUUUUGCAGAAAUUAAAAUAAAAGCUCAAAGAAUUAUACAAAGAUUAUUAUUUAGAUUAGAUAUACUUGAUAAACUUUUUAUAUUAAAAAAUAAUUCUUCUUUUUUUUCAAAUAAAUAUGAAUUUAGUAAAUUCAAACUUAUUGAAAUUUUGGAUCUUUUUAAUUCAUUUAGCAUAGAUACACAACUUCAAAAAAUAAAUCAAAACAUUGAAGAAUUUGUAAGAGAAAAAAGACAUGUCCAAAAUUUUCUUUAUACAGAUAAAGAAUUUACAACAAAUUUAAAGAAUACGAUUGAAAAAAAUGAACAGCAUAUAACGGAAUUGAAGAGCACAACAUCGGAAAUAUGUCAAAAUGUUGACGAAAAUCGAGAAUAUUUAUACAGUUUGAGCGCAUUUGAAAGGGAAGAUAACUAUGAAAUGCUUUAA